GGGUAGGGGGCGCCGCACUCGCCAUGCUGCGCGCGCCGCGGACCCUGGCUCCGGCCACAGCCGCGCAACCCACAAAGAGCUUGCCCGCGUUGAACCCCACCGAGCUGUGGCCUCCAGGUCUCAGCAGCCCCCAGCUCUGUCCGGCCACCACCACCACCUACUACACUUCGCUUUGCACGCAGACGGUGCCUUCCACUGCGGCUCUGGGCACCUGCCUCGACGCCACUCCCCACGGACCCGAGGGCCAGAUUGUGCGAUGUGUGCCCGCAGGCCGGCUGCCGGCCAAGAGGAAGCUGGACCUGGAGGGCAUUGGGAGGCCUGCAGUCCCUGAAUUCCGGACUCCCAAGGGGAAGUGCAUCCGAGUGGAUGGUUUGCCGAGCCCCAAAACCCCCAAGUCUCCUGGGGAGAAGACACGCUAUGACACCUCGCUGGGGCUGCUCACCAAGAAAUUCAUUUACCUCCUGAGCGAGUCCGAGGAUGGGGUCCUGGACCUAAACUGGGCAGCCGAAGUGCUGGAAGUGCAGAAGCGGCGCAUCUAUGACAUCACCAACGUGUUGGAGGGCAUCCAACUCAUCCGCAAGAAGUCCAAAAACAACAUCCAGUGGGUAGGCAGGGGAAUAUUUGAAGACCCCACCCGACCUGCGAAGCAGCAGCAGCUGGGGCAGGAGCUGAAGGAGCUGAUGAACGCAGAACAGGCCUUGGACCAGCUCAUUCAGAGUUGCACGCAGAGCUUCAAGCACCUGACCGAAGAUAAUGCCAACAAGAAACUGGCCUAUGUGACCUACCAGGACAUUCGUGCUGUGGGCAACUUCAAGGAGCAGACGGUGAUCGCAGUGAAGGCCCCUCCACAGACAAGGCUGGAAGUACCGGACAGGGCGGAGGAGAACCUGCAGAUAUAUCUAAAGAGUACUCAAGGGCCCAUUGAAGUCUACCUGUGCCCGGAGGAGGUGCAGGAGCCAGACAGUCCUGCCAAGGAGGCCCUCCCCUCCGCCUCUACCCUCAGCCCCAUCCCUGACUUCGCGGAGCCCAGCUGCAGCACUGACCCUGGGAUCACAGAGACCACAGCGUCUUCAGUGCUGACGCCCCAGCCGGUCCCACCACCACCAGCGCCAUCCCUUGUCCCCUUGGAAACCACUGACAACAUGCUGGAACUGUCGCACCCACUGCUGCAACAGACCGAGGACCAGUUCCUGUCCCCGAUCCUGACUGCCAACUCCCCUCUGAUCAGCUUCUCCCCGCCCUUGGACCAGGACGAAUACCUGUGGGGCAUGGAUGAGGGCGAGGGUAUUAGCGACCUCUUUGACUCCUAUGACCUUGGGGACCUGUUGAUCAAUUGAAGAGUCCUGCCCCUGUCUCUACCUCCUCACAGACAGAUCAACAGGCUCUCCGCCAGAUGGGGGAUGCUGGAUACUAGGUGUCAGCCCCUGCGUGCGAGUGGCUCCCUUCCAGCCUUCCUUCCGGUGUAGGCCAGCUGGGGAGAUGUGGAGGACAGGAGUGAGGAAGUGUGUCGGGGGCUGGGCCCUGAUCUUCCUCUUCUGACCUCUGACCCCUUCAUGAAGGACAACAGGUGCAGGUGACCAUGUUCAGGGAAAGGGUCUGCCGCCUUCUUCUGAGGGGCAGUUGAACCCUGGCUUUUUCAAGAAGCACUUAAUGCCUUUGUAUUUAUUUCAGGUUUGUUUGUUCGUCCGCCCUGAGUUUUGGCAGGGAGAUUUGUUCUAGUUUCUCCUCCGACAGGCCCUCCCAUGUCUACUGUCUAAGGGAACCCCUGGGCUUCCAGGGGCCCGGGCCAAUCCUUGGUCCUUCUUCCACAGUGGUACCUGGGUCUUGAGGAGACUAUCCAGUUUGCUUGAAUAUUAAUUGCACUUAGGCCUUGUAAUUCUAAUAAAGUGCAGGGCCCAGCCAAGGCAUCAGCUUAGGGUUCUCCAUCUCUUCCCUCCCAGAGAAGGUUCCAAUAGCUGUCUUGGGGGAGGUAGCAUUGAGGUCCCUCUGGGAGCAGGUAGCCAAGAAGGUUAGCUUCCAGUUGGUUCCCUUGUCUCUCCUGAGCCUCAGAAAGUAAAUACAGGCCUUCAGGAACUAGGCCAGAAGAGCCCCUGGGAAAAGCAGGAGGCACAAGUCUUGGCUGCUGGAGGUUACCCUCCUUAGAGCCUCUGCCUCAUCCUAGUCAGAGACCUGGGAGGUGGAAGCAGAGACAAGUGUGAGGAGAAACACCCCAGGAGCUGCCCAUACUCCCCUGGGGGGAUUAUUUUGUUUCUUGUUCGCGGUUGUUGGAGGGAGAGAUUCCUUAAGGACCAGCCUUCCCAAACCCUCGCUCCAUGUCCAAUGUCCGAAAUGACAGGAACUUGGGGGCAGGUUUGCACCUUCCCGCAAUGGAAUGCCGAGGGGGUGACCGGUGGGGUGGGGUGGUCUUUACUGCAGACUAGAUCUCAGCAGCUCGUGAGGAGAUGGCGUGGGGGUCUGGGAGAGCCUUGGGCCUAUUUCCCUGUGGGCUGACCAUCUAGGGUCCCUGUGGUCCUAAUGGGGACAGGAGUCUGCUGUCUCCGUUGCCCUUCCUGGGAUGGAGAGUGCUCUGGGCUGAACCAAGGCCAUGUGUUCUGGAGAGGUAUGCCCAGGAGAAGGAGGAUUUUACCCUCUUUCAGGGAGCUCGGGUUUCUCAGGGGCUCAGC